AUGCAAGCUUGGCAUCAUCACCCUCCCGGCGGCACCGAGAAGCUCAAGAUCGUCCAGGUGAAUAUACCAGAGAUCGAUGAUGACGAGGUCCUUGUCAGAGUACACGCUGCAGGUCUUAUCUGGAUGGAACUCUACUGGCAGCUCUACGAGAAGGAGGACGGUACAUACAAGACCCCUAUUCCUGGAGAGGACUACUCUGGUGUUAUAGUAAAAGUGGGAUCAAAAGUGCCAAAGGAGAAGCGCCUUGAAGUCGGCACUGAGGUUAUGGUCUUUGUAACUAAGGCCUUCUCCAGCAAGCGAAGCACAGAUGGCGGUAUGGCUGAAUACGCUAAGGCUCACUUCUCUAGAAUGAUCCGCAAGCCUCAGAGUCUAAGCCACGUCGAGGCUGCAUCAGUGCCACUUUCCGCUCUCACCGCAUGGCAGGGUUUAUUCGACUAUGCAAAACUUCAAGCUGGCCAGACUUUAUUAGUCGCCGGAGGCACGGGUCCAACUGCCCUCUGGGCUAUCCAGAUGGGUAAGAUGGUCGGGGCUCGAGUUAUUGCCACAGCCGCAUCCGAACAAAGUUUCAAGCUUCUCAAGUCGCUUAACGUGGACGAGGUUAUAAACUACAAAGAGGUUAAACUGGAGUCCGCUCUAGAAAAUAUCGAUGUCGUCUUUAACGCUGUAGGCGAUGAAACGACAAAGCAGGCCCUGAAGGUUGUUAGCAAAGACGGCAUAAUUGUUAACAUCGUGGACACAACGGUCGGCGACCUGAGCAAGGAGUCUGUGAGGGAUAGCUUCCGGGAACCUUUUUUUAGGAAGGAGGAGGGACGGACGGUGGUUUUCUUCAUUGUUGACAUGAAUGUGGAGCAGUUAACGAAGAUUUGUAACUUGCUUGAGGAAGGCAAGCUGAAGGCGGUCAUCGGUGGGGUCUUUGAGUUUAACGAUGCGGUGAAUGCCUUCAAGCAGGGCGAGACGGGCCACGCUCAUGGGAAGAUUGUGGUGAAGGGGCCUGGUCUAUGA